CUUGAGACAGGAUCUGAGGAAACGGCAGGAGCAACACAAAGAACAAGAAGUAGUUCCACAGAGAGACAUGGAGAAGAUUCUGAAGAGGGUAAAUUGAAAGUUACUCAGAUUUUCACACAAGCUCAAACAGAACCACAUGAACAUAUAACUGAGGAAAAGCAAGGGGAAAUCAGUGACUUAACAUCACCAGGAAAGGAGCAAAACAAGAAUUUUGACAGGGGUUUUGAGGCACAUCUGUCAAGUCAGAGGAUUAACAAAACACUGGUUUUGAGGGACAGCUGUUCACAUACAGACCCAGAGGUUGGAAGUAUAGAAAAACAUGAGAUUGACCUUCAGACAGACAGAAGAACAAGAAUGGCUUCAGUUAAUGCAAGGGUGGAUUCAGAAAGUCCUCCCAACAGCACUCAAACUGAGGUUUUUUUUGAGAGGACAAUAGAAACUAACAAAAUUUAUUCUGGUGAGACUAGUGUCAGAAGGGAGAAUGCUUUUGAACUCACUGGCCAGGAAAGUGCACAGACACUUGUGCUGAUUGAACAAUCUAUUAAACAGUGCAGCGAAACGGACCCAGAAACAGAUCAUUUGCAGUUGGUAUUCGAAGCUACUAUGGAACAAAACUUAAGGAUAAGUAAUGCCUCUGGUGAGGAACAAACGGGAGUAGUUGACAUUCCUUCUCAACCUAGCAUACAACCAGGUCUUGCUUCAAAGUCUGAACCAAGAAAGGCUUUUGUGGAAAGAUUGUCAAUAUCAGAUACUACUAACACCCUUGAACAGACUAGUACUGCUGAAAAAAAUAAAAAGGAGAUAACUGAUGCUGGGUUAGAGCAAACAAUCUUUUUUGUUGAAAAUAAGUUCAGAGACAAUAUUGUAGCUCCUGAAAACGGUUUGCAAAACCAUCCAAUCGGUAUUCAAGGUACUGACUCAGAGACAGCUGAACUUACAGUAGAUGCAAAAUUAAAAGACACUGGAAUUGCGAACACAGAUGUGCACAGAAAAUAUAUUGGCAUACCUGCAGAGGUCGACUCGCAGCAAACUGAAAACACUGACAGCAUGGAUUAUGACCAAAUAAUAGAUGAACAACAAGCCAAUUGUGAAAAUGGCAGCCAAGAGACUAUUAAAUUAGAUGGUGAACCUACUGAUAGUCCAUCAGUUGUUUUUGAUACUGAUGGUAACAGUACAACUAGUGAAGAACUAGAGGAAAGGACUUACCCAUUUGGAAGUAACAGCAGCUUACAUAAAGCACUUCAGAGACAGAGCUCAACAAAAGGAGAAGAUCGGUUUGGAUCGUUCUCCUCCUUAAACUCCUUCACCUCUUCUUUCAAAAGCUCCAAGUUUUCAGUUUUCACUAAAAUGGCAUCAUUUAGGAGAAACAAAUCAUGGACACAAGAACAUCAAACUGAAAGUACCAGCAAAGAAGGGAACAAGAGGCAACAGGUGCGAGGUGCGGAAGAGAAUAAAAUCGAAACCAAGAGCAAUGCAAAUUGUGUCCCAGUGUAUAAGGUGCAUUACCCAAGCUAUAAAAUUCAUCUGCCUCAUCAUGCCAAAGGUAAGAGUGAAUAUCCAGUUUUGGAUGGUUCAGACGAAGAUGAUGAUGUUUUUGAAAGUAGUAGCCCGCUGAACCAAAAUGUGAGUAAAGCAUUUGGGUCUGGAGGACGGCAGGACAUAGAAGGUAUGGAAGAGGUUCAGACGGUGGCAGAAAAUGGUCAUUAUUUACAUAGCAGGAUCACAGACUCUAUGGAAGGAGAUGACAUUAACACAGAGGAUCAAACUACCAAAAUACCUCCCACAACGGAUAGCAGUUGUAAAAAGAGCAGAAGUGCCGACAGCCUUAACCUUAGAAUGAAACGGGCUUUUGCUAAUAAAUCACUCUCCAGUUUCUUUGAAACAAAAUCUGGAGAAAAAGAAAGUGCCCAUCAGCACUCAAAAUCUCACAAGAAGUUCGAUGGUGGUGACAGCAGGUCAAGGCACAUGUCCUGGAAAAGGUUCAUGAGACUAAGCGAAGUGGAAUCCAUAAAGGGGUCAAAUCCGUCGAGCACUUCAAGUACGAGCAGUGGGGAAAGUCAGUUCAUAAGGACACAGUCUCAGGUGCACAGUGAGUAUGCAAGGCGGAUCUCAAUGGAUCACAUUGAUGGUGCCCACCCUUUAGCACUCUCCUCACCUCCGCCCGCUCGGAAGUCAAGCAAAGCUCAGUUUUCAAGUUGCUCCCCUGACUCAGAUUUUAUUGCAAAGCCAGUCGAGCAAAGAGGAAAAAGAACAUCUCCCAAUGGAUUAAGACUUACACUGAUGCCCAACAAUAAUCUGGAAACUGAUGAUGGUUUCAGAACUACACCAAGUCAGUCCAUCCCACACACAUUAAUGAAUCAGUUAAGCCCUACUUGGAACAGGCCUGGUGUGAUCUCCGAAUGCUUCGAUGGUCCUUUCCCUGCAAGGCCUAUGAGUCCUAAACCUCAAAGUCCAAGGUCAAGUUUUCGAAGGAGCUUUCGCAACAGCAACAGAAGUAGCACUUCAUCAUGGACUUCCUUGGAUUCUAGCAGAACAACAGAUGGUGUGUUAGAAAGUCCUGAAAGGCCGUCAACAUUGAAACCAAGGGGAAACCUCCUUCUUUCAGUACAGUCCCUGAAUUAUGAAUGUCAGAAAGAGGACAGUGGAAUUAGCAGUCAAUCACAGACAAGUCUAAAUACGACGUCUUCGGUCAUUGACAUUGCCAAAGAUGAGGAAGUAAGUAAGCACCCAAACCAGCCAGCACAGGAGAUGAACCCAGCUGCUUCAGCGGUCCUGAGGAGCCACCAGCAGAACCACCCACGGCAGCGCCCGUUCUCAGACGGUGGACAGAUGACCUGGCUACCCGGUUGCACUGAGCCAGAAGUGAAGUGUAAACUAGACAGUGAGGACGACAUGGAAGAGUUGUGUUUACCAUCUUACAAGCGAUGCAGCUCAGAUGAGUUGUUGCAGGAAGAAGCAAGGAAGAGGCGGAGGAAGUUGAUUGCAGACGUAAAGAACAGCAGAACACGUCAUGGCAGGACCAACACUGAGACUUGCAAUGAAGUUGGAAUGAGAUUUUCCUAUCUGCCACCUCUCUCUGCUACCUUCAAAAACAUACCCCUGAGAUUUCUUACCUUAUCCCAGAGCACACCGACAGGACUGGACUGUAUAGGGUAUAAACAUUGGAUGGAAACUUCAGUCAUCACCGAUGGUGCACUAGACAAGAGUGUUUUUGCUGAUGAAGCUGGAAGUGAGGAGGAUUUGUACGAGGAUUAUCGGAGCGGAAACCACCGAUAUGGGCACCAAGGAGGAGGCGGAGAGCAGCUGGCCAUCAAUGAGCUCAUCAGCGAUGGCAGUGUGGUCUACGCAGAGGCCCUCUGGGACCAUGUCACCAUGGAUGACCAGGAGCUGGGCUUCAAGGCUGGUGAUGUCAUUGAAGUAGUGGAUGCAACCAACAAAGAGUGGUGGUGGGGGAGGAUCGCGGACAGUGAAGGCUGGUUUCCUGCCAGCUUUGUACGGUUGUGGGUCAACCAGGAUGAACCCAUGGAGGAAUAUCCAGUCAAGGUCGAAGGCGGGAAGCCUGAUGAUCCCAACAGUACUGACCACUGCUCAGCCGCAGGCCAGUCAAAGAAAGACCAAAUGCGGACAAAUGUCAUCAGUGAGAUUAUGAGCACCGAGAAUGAUUACAUCAAACACUUAAAGGAUAUCUGUGAGGGUUAUGUUAAGCAAUGCCGAAAAAGGACAGAUAUGUUCACAGAAGAGCAGUUACGCACAAUCUUUGGGAACAUUGAAGACAUCUACAAAUUUCAGAAAAAGUUUCUUAAAGGCCUGGAAACUAAAUUUAAUAAAGACGAACCCCAUCUGAGUGAGAUUGGUUCCUGCUUUCUUGAAUUUCAGACAGAUUUCCAGAUAUACUCAGAAUACUGCAACAACCAUCCCAAUGCUUAUGCAGAACUCUCUAAACUCAUGAAGAUCAACAAAUACGUUUACUUUUUUGAAGCUUGUCGACUGCUCCAAAAGAUGAUUGACAUUUCUCUGGACGGGUUUCUGCUCACACCAGUGCAGAAGAUUUGUAAAUAUCCACUUCAGUUGGCAGAGUUGCUCAAGUACACCAACCCUGAACACAGGGAUUACAAAGACGUUGAGGCUGCACUAAAUGCCAUGAAGAAUGUGGCCAAACUGAUCAACGAACGCAAGAGGCGGCUGGAGAACCUGGACAAGAUUGCUCAGUGGCAGAGUUCAAUUGAAAAUUGGGAGGGUGAGGAUGUUUUGGCACGAAGCUCAGAGCUUAUCCAUUCAGGUGAAUUGACAAAGAUUUCGCAACCACAGGCCAAGAGUAAACAACGGAUCUUUUUUCUCUUUGACCAUCAGGUGGUCUUCUGCAAAAAGGACCUUCUACGUCGUGACAUCCUGUACUACAAAAGCAGGAUCGAUACAGACAGCAUGGAAGUGGUGGAUGUAGAAGAUGGAAAGGACAAGGACUUUAACAUCAGUGUAAAGAAUGCUUUCAAACUUCAAAACAAGUUCACAAAUGAGAUUCAUCUAUUCUGUGCAAAGAAGUCCUCGGUGAAACAACGAUGGCUUCAGGCAUUUGAAAAUGAAAGAAAACAGGUCCAACUGGACAAAGAGACAGGAUUUGCUAUCACUGAAGUUCAAAAGAAGCAGGCGAUGCUAAAUGCAAAGAAAUCACAUCCAUCUGGAAAGCCAAAAGCUGUAACAAGGCCUUACUAUGACUUUCUGACCCUGCGGCAGAAACAUCCGAUGCUGCCUUCAACCAUUCCCCAACAGCAGGUGUACAUGUUGGCUGAGCCCGCGCAAGCCAUCCAACUUCUGGCAGAACAUCGGGAGACUGACGCCAUUCAAGAAGUGAAGGGGCAGCUUUGUGAAGCCGAUGUAAGGCCUUUCCAAGGGAGCACUUUAGCAACCAGUUGCAAUCAGAAUGAAUGAACGCUCUGGGUGUGUUCAGAUGUGUAUAUACAUAAACGCCACUACAAAGCUGUACUUCUACAAGUUGGCAAUCUCCUCACUGGGAGAAGAUGGCAUUUCCAUCUUCCAUUGACAUUUCUGGUCAGACAACUUCAUGAUAAUCUGACCGUCAGCAAUGCCAGUUAAAGAGCUGCCUAAGUGUAUGUUUACAUCCGUAGCAACAGCCAAGCUCAACAUUCUCCGAAUUCUACAACAUAAGGAUUUUCCUUUCUAUUUUAAACGGGAAAAAUCCUACAUUUUUCAAGAGGGAAGCUGCACCAUUACAAAGGAUAUAGAUUUCUAUUUAACAAUUUGCUGUAUUUGUAAAGGCGCACAGACAUUACGCAACAGCAGAACCGUACUGUCAACAAACAACUAUUUACAGAUUUCUAGUGCUACAUCUUAGCCUUCCUCUGUGCUUUCACUGGAAUGAAACACUGUGUGUGCCUACAUGCAAGUGAUGCAGAUUAUUAUUUAAAACACUUGGUGGAUUCGAACCAAGUUAUUUUGAAUACUUUUUGCCAAUUACUUUUAAGUGUGGGCAAUGCCAAUCUAAUUGCGCAAGAAUGGAUAAUUUUGGGCUACUGGACUGAAACAGUGCUGCCGGUUGCCGGGCUCCUGUUAGAGUUUGUAUGAAUAAUGAAAAAGAGAAGCAGAAAGCUACAAUGAAACAGUAGGUCUACAAUCAUCUCUGCUGCCUGGAAUUUAGCCCAAAGUACGCAGCUGGGAAAAAGGGUUUUGCCCUUGCAUUCAUGCGAUCUUAAAUAAAAUUAGGUUGUGUCACGUGAUCAAUGCUGCACUCACAGUUGGCACUGAAAUAAUCGUGAAAGUUACAUCCUCAAUUUGUUACAGUAUUAACUUGAAAGAAAAAACAUUCGAUUCAGUCAGUGUAUAGGAGGAAAGAGUGACCUGCCAAGUUAUCAUGUCCUAAUGUCUAUAAAUGAGUUGUGUAAAUAUUAACAAAAUGAUUUAUUUAUGUACACUGAAUUCAUUGUACUUGUACUUACUGUUUGGCUUCUCCACAGUCUUUCCAGCACAAAUGCCUUAUUAAGGAAUGCACUUACCCGAUUGCUUGUCUCUUCCUGCCCUGACCCCUUCCCCACUGUAGGAGUGAUAUUACUUCAAAAUUUCUUUGUCAGGGGAAAUUUAGAAAGGUCUUUUUCUGAAAACUAAUGAUUCUAAUGGUGUUUUAACGCAGAUUGGGUUAGAUGCUGCUGGUCCACUUUUACAACCCAGCCUACUCCCUCGACUUCAAGACAACUUUACAAAAAUAAACUAAUACAGUACAUUUACAGGACACGAUGUCAACCCAGACUGUCAAUAUGAAGAACGAUGGAACAUACUUGGGUAUUUUAAGCCAUUGGUCACCAUCCCAAACUGAGAAGACAUCCGGGCUUUCAGUGAACAUUUAUGUAAGAUAGCAUAAAAUAAUUGAGAUUUACACAAAAAUCUAUACAUACUUCUAUUAUUUUCCAUUAAUUCUUGCUAGCAUAGCAAAGUGAUUGUUAAGCCAUGUUAACAAGAUUAUACAUUUAGGAAUCAGUGUAGGUGUGGUAUCAUAAGCCAAAUAUUGAAGCUGAUUCUAUUCAAAAGGAGGAGAAGUUGAAUAAAAUAAUUACCCACCCAACAAAAUACCCCUUUCAGUAGAAAAAUAUAUUGCCCACCCCCCAACGCAAUUUAAAGUUCUAUGCUUAAAUCAUUCUUAUCCUCUUUCUGCCCAGUUACCUUAAUUAGCAAUGGCAAUAAUAAGGUGAGAGGUUUUAUAAUAGACAGAGGCUGUGGAUUCUUGAGCAAAAGUUAAAUCAUGAAUGAAAUAGUCCCUACUAGUCCUUGACCUGAAACAAUAGCUUAGUUUCUGUCCUCACAGAUGUUAUCAGAUGCAUUGAACAUCUUCUAUUUUUGUUGCUGAUUUCUAGCCUGCCCAAAUUGUUACUUCUCCCAGAUCAUGCCAUUUAUAGACACUAUAAAUUCAUACAGUGAGGCCAAUCACGUGCUGACAAGCUAGCCGAGUAUGGAAGGGUCCUCCUUGCCUUACAACGAUCAUAGUCUUACAAAAAUGACAAAAAAACUGUUCUAUAGUCCUCCUUUAAAAGUUACUUAAUCAUCAGUCUUUCUCUAGACUAAGUACUUUAUGUAUUCCCAGUUAUAUUUUCACAUACAUCCCUAAGUUCUGUAAUGCCUUGGGUUUAUGUCCUAGUUCUAGACACAUUAGAAAUGAUGUACAAUUAUUUAGUGAGCACAAACAGAGAAGGAAAUAAUGGAAAGUUCUUCCAUAACUAAUUCCCUGCUUCUUUAAAAAAUUAUUAAGUGUAGGUAUGUAGUUGUCUUUAUUUUUAAGACUUUUUUGUUGUUUUGGAAAUCUUUGGUGAGAGUGAGUCUGUUUUGCUUCAAAGAUGCUCCAGUAAAGGAUCUGCCAACUAAACUGAAGGCAGUUUAACUUGAUAAAUAAAUAUAUCUCGGACUGUAGACAUACUCUCCCAUAAGGAUUUCCCCCUUAAGUGCACUGUUAAUUUGAAUGGUGCCCAGGAAUAUCCAAUGCCCUAACUGAAGGCAAUGAUUUUAUUUCUGCCAAAAAGAUCAAAUUUCUGCAAAGUUUUAGUAAUUGAAAUAAAGGAAAAUAAUUUUCAGUAAAAUAAAAUUCAUAUAAUAAUUAUCAAAUAGAACAAAGGAAGAGGUUGCCUAUUAGAACUUAGAUUCAUAGAAUUUCAACCCUGAUUACUAGUACGAUACAGCAAUGGCAGAGCAAUAUAUUAUUACCUGUGGAGUGAAUUUUACUGGUGGAGUGCAACACGUGAAACCCAUAUUUUGCACAUUUUUCUGCCAGGAAUGAAAUUCAAGAUGUUGAUGUUUUUGGAAGCAGCAAUGGAUGCAGAAAUAAUCAUUGUUCUUGAAAGGAAAGCGGAUAAAUAUUUGAACAAGUGAAAGGAAAGGUGUCAUAAAAGUGCCAAAGAAAGGAGGCAAAGUGAAGAGCUUCCUCAAGACACCAGGGCAGACAUUGUGGGCUUAUGAUACCUUAUCUAACUGACAGUGUGGAAUUAAUGUAGGUCAGAAAAGUCUUUGAAACUUUGUCAAUAUUACUUCAGUGUCAGUAGAAAUACAAACACAAAAUAUUGGUCCUAGGUAAAAGAAAAGGAAAUUAUGAGCACAAUUUUGAACUGUGGAAGAACCUAUUCCCUUGUUUACUUGACUCGUCCUUGUAGUCAUUGAGUUUUGUAAACUAGCUAUUCAACAACUUUACAUUUUGUUCAUUGAGUUUAGUUAGUUCCACACCUUUACUUCCAUUGUUCCUUCUGCAGUUAGACAUUAGAAGAGCUCAGCAUUCAGCUUUUAGCCAGUUAACCUAAUUUAAGGCCAAACCACCCGAUGAACGACCAACAGAAAUUUUCACCUGACCAUCCAGACUCUGAACAGGACAUGCAGAAUAGAUGUCUCUAUUGAAUUUUCAUUAAUUUGGAGGAAAUAAAAUUGUGCGUCUUGAGAACCAGGUAGCAGCCUGUAAAGCUCCAAAUUCAACAAAAGUCUAAUCUUUCUGGAACCUUGUGAAGUCUUACAUAUGUGGCCAAAGUAAACGUACAAGCUCUGCUUGUGUUCUCAGUGUAAUAUCGCCAAUGAAGAACUCAAAUACAGAUUGUACAAUCUAUAGAACAUCUCCAUUAAGUUCACAAAGCUAGAGUUUCCAAUUACGUGUCACUUUAACACUCUGAACAUUCCCACUUUGAUCCUUGUGCCUGGGGCCUCCUUCAGUGAUCCAGUAAAGCUCAAUGUAAGCUUAAGGAAUAGCACCUUAUUUUCUCUCUUUACAAUUUAUAAGCUUCUCAAUUUAAUAUCAAAUUCAGCAGUUUCAUACAAUCAACCAUUCCCAUUUUCCUUUAGAUUUUAUUUUUCUCCUAUAUACACCUGUAGCUACCACUAUCAAGAUUCAAACUUAGUGGCAAUGAAGGAAGAGUGCUUUAUUCCUGAAGCGUGGCUUGGAAGAAUACCUGUGGCUGGUGGAACUCACAUCCACCUUUCGUCCUUCCCUUUUCUGGUGACAGGGAUGAGUUUGAGAGGUACUGUUGGGUGACCCUUGUAGAGUACUCACACUGAAUUUUGUAGGUGGAACACACAGCUGGCACUGUACAGUGAAGGGAAUGAAUUUUGGGGGCAGUGGAUGGGUUAGAAUGAACUUCCUUAUCUUGAGCUCCUUGAGUUUAGCUAGAAAUGUUCUCAUCCACCCAAUUGGAGACCUAUACUUCUAUCUUGUGUCUUACAGAAGAUGGGAAUGUUUCAGGUUGCCAGGACAUGAGUCACCCCUAAUGCACCACAGGAUAUCCAGUCCCUGGGCUACUUCUGUGGGCAUGCUAUUUCUAUGGUUUCUGGUCAAUGGCAGUUUCCAGGAUAUUGAUGGUGAGGGUCUCAGUGAUGACAAUGCCUUCAUUGAGUGCUCAUAGGUUAGUAGAGUCUCUUGUUGAAGAUGGCUAUUUCUGGGCAUACUUGCCACUGAGUGAACGAAUUUCACGACAUAUGCCGGUGAUAUUAAAUCUGAUUCUGAUCAGCCCAAGCCUGACUGUUCUCUGUCUAGCUGCAUGCAAGCAUGGAAUGCCUUAUUUGCUGAGGAAUUGCAAACUGAAUAUUGCACAAUCAUUUGCAAACACCCCCACUUCUGACUUUCUCAGAUGGGAUGGACAUUGAACGUAGGCCCACAAGAGAACCCUGUGGAACAUCUGUACUGGUGUCUAGAGGCUGGAAGGAUUGACAUCCAACAAUAACAAUGAUAUUCUUCUUGUAUAACUCUAAGCAUGGAGUGUCUUCCUUUUCAUGUCUUUUCAAGUUUUCUCAGGGCACCUUGAUGCCACGCUCAGUCAAUCCUGUUCUGGAAUUCAAUUCAGUGGUCCAUGCGAUCAGGAGACAUAAACCAAUGAGUACAUAAGAGAAGAGGCUAUUAUUGAAUGAAUGCCACCUGGUAGGUCUGCCAAUGGCACCUCCCAGCACUUCACUCACCAAUGAGAUUAGAUAGGUUACAUUGUAAUUAGCUGAUCUAAACAUGUCCAUUUUGUAUAACUAGGAAACUUAUAUAUUAUUUUACAGUUGCCAAUGAUGUUCCUGUACUGGAGUAGUUUUUCUAGAGGUGUGGUUAUUCCAAAUAUAAAGGAUAAUAAUACAAAAUAAAUUCACUGAAGUGAUGAUCCAUUUCACAUUUUUGCACAAAGUUCAAUCCAGUUAUAUUUGGAGGGACAGUCCUGUAAGUAAAGGAGAGAUAAGAUGGUGAACCUGUUUGCAGGCCACAGACUAACCAAGUAUUUUCUAAACUAGCAUUAUUCAGCACUGAAAGAGCAUUCUGGCACGUUUUUUCAGUCAAGGAUAGUUUGAGGAGUAGAUAUAAGCCAUUCAGAUAUUUAGCCAAACAGAGUUUAAUCAAAGAUUUGACAUUUAGAUUGUUUGACCCCAAUUUAUUGUACAGCACUAACCAUAAUGUGGGAUUUUAAAUCCACUGAGAUUUCUUUACCUACUGUUACAAAGCAAUGUGCCUAGAAAUUCCAGUAUACCCUGCUGUAAUUAUGUCUAUACAGUGAGGCAAGAUCUGCCUCUCACACUGCAGUAAAGGCUUUGAAAGGAAGUUCAUGUUUUGAUUCAACAUUAUCUCAGCUGUCUGAGGGAAUUCAGCUGAUCUGUGGGAAAGUUAAGGGGCAGUGAAAUUGCCUAAAGAUUCAUGGAGGACUUUCACUACCAUCGGGCCUGGCAGGUCAGCUACAGGGGUCUGAGCCAAUAUUCUCCUGGGUGCACAUUGAUGGGCUCUUCCACUCCCCUCUCACUCUGCCAGAAAGCUCUGCACAAGUCUCCUGCAGUGCCCAAAGGGAGGAUUAGGUAGGGAAUAACAUAGUCCCUCGUGGCUCUGAGGUAGAAAUCACACCAGCAUUGUAGUACUGGAGGAACUCAACAGGUCCUGAUGACAGGUCUCGGCACAAAAAGUUUGUUUUAAUUUCUCUCCACAGAUGUUGUCUGAGUUGCUGAGCUCCUCCAGUAUUUUGUAUUGUUACUCUGGAUUUACAGCAUCUGCAAACUCUCUUGUGUUUGUAACAGGGAGUUUGUGGCUGGACACAGGUUUUGACUGGUUGUUUCAACCAGAAAUACUUGGAACCUUUGUAUACUCUGGGUUACAGUGAUUUUCAGUAAAACCAUUCUGAAAAGAAUUGUUAUCUAAUCCAAUCUCUAGACUGCAGCAUUUUGACAUAAUUUUGUUACAACCAAAUUCUGAGCUCCUCGACAUAGCCACUUCCUUCCUGCUGAAUACUCAGACAUUUCUAGUCAUGGACUUUCUACCACUACAUUGUUAUCCUUUAUGAUUUAUGGCAGAUACAUUGAGCCCGAUUUUGUUUACUUAAAUACAGGAUUAAACCACUGAAUUUGACAACAAAGAUGAAGAAGUGCUGGAACCAGUUUCAUUUCGUAUGCAUUGAGGUGAAACAGUUAACUUAAAGUGAUUGGCUUCAGAUCACUUUCAGACUUUUUUGUAAUUUGUAUGCUGCUUGUACAAGAGCCCACCAUUAUUAAAGCACUGUUUCUGGCACACUGUAUUUGGCAGCUUAGGUGUUAAACCAGAUCUUGACAUGCCCUGAUAAUAAUCAAGAAGCACCAUGUUGUUCUAUCUGUGGUAUGUGUUUAUACAUUUGUUAAUUAAUUAAAAAAAUCAAGGGAAUCAAGCUUCCUAUCGGGCCUUUAUUUGUGAGCAGCAGGAGGUGGCAAUUAUCUGUAGAAGACAGAAGAUAUGAUUAAAUGUUCAUACUGUAUAUAUGGAGGAACUGCCUAUUAUUUUUGUCUGUGGCUUUGAAAUAACUAUCGGCACUACAAUGUUUUAAUGGUAUUUUUGAAACCUGUGGUGUGGCUUUCAAAUUACUAUGAUACUAAUAUAUUUAGCACAUUCACUGUCAUUUUUUGUACAUAGAAUCCUCAUGGUCUCAACCAAUUUUGUAGCUCUUAUGUUCCAGGAGAAAUUAAGUUUAUGGACUCAAUUUUUUUUGUUUCUUUGAUGUGUGCUAAAAGCUUGUGAUAUGCAAGUAGAAUUUACUGAAAAUUACAAGACAGUGUUUGUAAAAAUUUUCUCUUUGUACGUGGAUAGUUGUUUACAUAAACACUUCAAGCACGAUAUGGGGAAUAAAAUGUUUUCAUUGUGCCAAAAACAAAGCUGCUUGAUAUUGAAUGCUUGUGUUCUAUACAGUCCAUGUUAUAA